AUGGCCGCCGUCGCCGCGAGGUCGCGCGCCGCCGCCACCGCCGCGUGGGCGCGUGUACUCUCCCACCAUCACGUUGCCGCCGCAUCAACCUCGCCGCCUCACCUAGUCAACAACCCGCGGGUCCUACCCCCGCGCCGCCACCUCGCCUUCUCCUCUGCCUCCGCCUCCCCCGGCGGCGGCGGCGGAUUCGGCGGCGGGAGUAGACCCCCGCAGUCGCCGAUGCAGAACGAGCGGGUGAUCUACGAGCUUCUGGCGGAGGUGGAGCGGGAGCGGAAGCGGGACCAGGAGGACCGGAAGAAGAAGGGGGAGGAGGUGGACGAGGAGGCGGAGGCGGCCGAGGACUUCCUGGGCGUCAAGCCGCUCAUCGAGAAGCUGGAGCGGAGGAAGGCAAAGGAGGCUCGCAUACCCGACGACGCAUUCUGGGAGCCAACCGACUCCGACAGCGACGAGGACGACGAGCGAUUCUCCGCGGACUCCGUCAGGCGCCGCGCCGACGAGUUCGACCGCAAGUGCAAGCGCCAAUCCGAGCUCCUACGCUCAUUCGCCGAGGCCGAGAACCUCGACGACGCUCACAAGCUGAUGAUGAAGAUUGACAAGUUCGAGCAGCGCCAUCUGGCUCUGCCCCUUGAGUACAGGGUCAUCGGGGACAUGAUGAACCGCCUCAAGGACGCCACCGGGAAAGACCGCUUCAUCCUCCUGCAGAAGCUCAACCGGGCUGUCAGGCUCAUGGAGGUCAAGGAGGCGUAUGACCCCAGCAACCCCGCCAACUUUGGCCUCAUCCAGCACCAGCAGGUCGGCUCGCCAGACGACGUCAUUGACAACGCGGGCUUCGACAAGGAGAAGCAGAUGAUCCAGGGGGCGAUCGAGGACGACGAGGAGGAGUUCAACGAGGAUAAGGAGAAGGAUGAUAGGCUCAUCGAGCAGCUCAAUUCGAUUGAGAAGAAGAUCGAGGACAAGUUGGCGGACCUCGAUCAUACGUUUGGUAAGAAGGGCAGGGUUUUGGAGGAGGAGAUCAAGAAUCUGGUGGAGGAGAGGAACUCCCUCACCGACAAGAAGAGGAGGCCUAUGUACAGAAAAGGUUUUGAUGUGAAGGUCAUUGAUGUUAAUCGGACGUGUAAAGUUACAAAGGGAGGCCAAAUAGCAAAAUACACGGCAUUGCUGGCAACUGGAAACUACAAUGGUGUUGUAGGUUUUGCAAAAGCUAAGGGGCCAACAGCCAAGAUUGCAAUACAGAGGGCCUACGAGAAGUGCUUCCAGAACCUGCACUACAUGGAGCGGUAUGAGGAUCACACAAUUGCUCAUGCAAUUCAGGCCAAAUAUGAGAAAACAAAGAUCUACCUCUGGCCUGGGCCGAUGAGAAGUGGGAUGUGCGCUGCCGGCAGGACCGUCGAAACUGUGAUGUACCUGGCUGGGUUCAGCAACGUCAAGUCGAAGAUCAUUGGAUCGAGAAGCCCACUUAACGUCAUCAAGGCUCUCUUCAUUGCCCUAAACGCCAUUGAAACACCCAAGGAUGUGGAGAAGAAGUUUGGGCGGACUGUUGUCGAGUCAUACCUGUUGUAGUCAGAGUCGUCUCUUUGUUUUUUUUUGGUGAUCGGUCAUGUCGGCUCUGCUAGAUUUGGCGAGGGUAGACCAAAGGAAAGAGGCUGUGCCGGAUCUGACCACGUGAGCUCUGUUUGUACUAGCUAUUCCAGUUUUUUUGUUUGCCCCCUGACCGUUCCCUUAUGAUCGGUCGGGUACUGUAAUUGUUGAAGCGAUCCACAACAGAUAGUAGGUGGUAUUUAUUCCCUAUCUCUUUGGCAACAUAACUUGGGGCACAUCUGACAGAUUCUGCCGUGUAAUCCAGUUCUGAGAUUACUUGCAAGGUUAAAAUCAUUUCAUGGCUUGGUAGAAAGAAAUAAAAAACACAUGUUACGAUU